CAUGAUCCCAACCGUUCAUCCCCACUAAUUAUCGUCCCCAAGCUUCUGCAUUCCUUGUCAGAGAGAGAGAGAGAGAGAGAAUCUCUGUCGUUUUGGGCAGUAAAAAUACCAAAUCCCUUUCUUCAAUCUUCCAGAUUUGUUGCAAAGUGUACAUGUCGUUUUGGUCAAUAAAAAACCAGACAACAAGGAGAAGGAAGAACACAGCGGAAGGUCGAUGUCGGCGGCGGCGAGACGUCGAGGUUCAGAAGCCUUUUUUAUUCAGCGAUGCCAAAUGAAAAUAAUGGGUAUGAUUCUUCUAUCUCCAAUCACUUCAUCACUCUCGUCUACCAACCACUACAACACCAUUUCUUCUUUUACCAGUAGCAGUAGCAGUAGCAGUAGCAGUAGAAGUAGAUAUAAACACAAAAAUGAUGAUGCUUCUUCUUCUUUUAGAAACAUUGAUGAUGCCCUUGCUUCUUUCAAUCACAUGCUUCAUAGGAAACCCCUGCCUUGUAUCAUCCAAUUCAACAAAUUAUUGUCUGCAAUUGUCAGAAUGAGACAGUACUACGAUGCUGUGAUUUCCCUUUCCAAACAAAUGGAAUUAGCUGGGCUCUCUCCUAAUACUUGUACGCUUAAUAUCCUGAUCAAUUGCUUCUGCCUGAUGCAACAUGUUGAUCUGGGGUUCUCUGUCUUGGCCAAAGUCAUUAAACUUGGUCUUCAACCCACUAUUAUCACCUUUACCACCUUAAUCAAUGGGCUCUGUAAAGCGGGUGAAUUUGCCCAAGCCCUGGAAUUAUUUGAUGACAUGGUAGCAAGAGGGUGUCAACCUGAUGUCUACACUUAUACUACGAUUAUAAAUGGUUUAUGUAAGAUUGGGGAAAAUGCGGCGGCUGCUGGAUUGAUUAAGAAAAUGGGAGAGGUAGGCUGCCAGCCGGAUGUGGUGACAUAUAGUACACUCAUUGACAGUCUUUGCAAGGAUAGGCUGGUGAAUGAGGCUUUGGAUAUCUUCUCUUACAUGAAGGCUAAAGGCAUUUCCCCAACAGUUGUCAGUUACACCUCUUUAAUCCAGGGCUUAUGCAGUUUCAGCAGAUGGAAGGAGGCUUCGGCAAUGCUAAAUGAAAUGACGAGUUUGAAUAUCAUGCCAGAUAUUGUCACCUUCAGCCUAUUGAUUGAUAUAUUCUGUAAAGAAGGCAAUGUUUUAGAGGCUCAAGGUGUGUUAAAAACAAUGACUGAAAUGGGCGUGGAGCCUAAUGUUAUUACUUACAAUUCAUUGAUGCAUGGAUAUUCCUUGCAGAUGGAAGUUGUUGAAGCUAGAAAGCUGUUUGAUGUCAUGAUAACCAGGGGUUGUAAACCAGAUGUUUUCAGUUAUAGCAUCUUAAUUAAUGGAUAUUGUAUGGUCAAAAGGAUAGAUGAGGCCAAGCAGCUUUUUAAUGAAAUGAUUCAUCAAGGCUUAACUCCAAACACUGUUAGUUACACUACUCUUAUUCAUGCCUUUUGCCAAUCAGGUAAGCUUAGGGAAGCACGAGAGCUUUUCAAGAAUAUGCACACUAAUGGAUACCUCCCAGAUUUAUGUACUUACUCAGUAUUGCUCGAAGGCUUUUGCAAACAAGGGUAUCUUGGUAAGGCAUUCAGACUGUUUCGAGCAAUGCAAGGUACAUACUUGAAGCCUAAUCUGGUGAUGUAUACCAUCUUGAUUGAUUCCAUGUGCAAAUCUGGGAAUCUUAACCAUGCAAGGAAACUAUUUUCAGAACUCUUUGUCCAAGGGUUGCAGCCUGAUGUUCAGAUAUACACAACAAUAAUAAAUGGACUUUGUAAAGAAGGAUUGUUAGAUGAAGCAUUGGAAGCUUUCCGAAAGAUGGAGGAGGAUGGCUGCCCCCCAAAUGAAUUUUCUUAUAAUGUUAUUAUCAGAGGAUUUCUCCAGCACAAGGAUGAAUCAAGGGCAGUGCAACUUAUUGGUGAAAUGAGAGACAAAGGUUUUGUUGCAGAUGAGGGAACUGCAGCUUGGUAGAAGAUCUGUUAUCGAAUGAAGACAAUCUUGUUCUGAAGAAGUGUCUAGGCUUACAUGAAGUUUGUCAAGGUGAAAAGUAGCCAGCAAAAAGUUGUUGUUAUGCAAUUCGCCUACAAGAUGUUUACCAAGCAAGUCUUGUUAUGUGCUGGAGGCUCCCUCUGACAUCUGGGAUCUUGGAUGCAUAGUUUUUGCGAUGCUUAUAGGGAAGCCAGUUUGGGAUUUCAAUCCUGAAACCACCACAGAAGAACUUCUAAGAAAGAUUGCUCAUGAAUUGAUGAAAAUUCCUCCUGAUGUUUCCAAGGACGCGAGAGAUGUCUAGUGAGGAAGCUUAUGUUCAGAUUGUCUGCUGAGAUGUUAUUAGAUCAUCCUCUUGUGUCAGGAUUUGAUAGCAGAGAAUUGGCAGACUUUUCAGAUGCGGAAGGGGCGGCAGACUCCACUGACAGUGAAUUCAGUGUGUCAUCUUGUUCUGAAGAAUGGAGUUUCACAUAAGAAGGGGUCUUUUAUUCCUCUUCUUGAUCAGAUGAUGCCGAAGAGUUGAUGCAAAUUCUUGUCAUCAAGAUGGCAGUAUUCAAAACAAAGACAAGCAGAAUGGGGUGAUAGAAUUUGACAAAGAUCAAGCUAGUUCCAGUAAAGGGAAGCACUCUAUGCAGGCCAAACUUCCAACCUUACACUUUGGCAAUAAGGAAAAAUUGGCAUCCAAUAAAUGAAGACAAUCUUGUAUCUUCCAAGUGGCAGUAGAAGUUAACUAUAACUGCCAUUGCUCUUAUGAUUCAAGCCUAUAUGAGUCUACUACCAAGGCUUACCUCCCUUCUAAGAGAAUUUUGCCUUUGCAGGAAAAUGGAAUUGGAAUUACGGGCUAGGUUCUUUCCUCAAUGGCCUAUUGUCAGAUAAUUAUCUUAUGUGGCUCACACACUGCCAUCAAGGCAGACAGACAAGUAGUAGCUUAAACUGUCAAUAAGAUUCUAUUUGACUUUUUUAUAUCCCAAUAGGUUGCUGCAUUUUCUGUGACGCGGUCAUAACACAUGAUAGGUAAUCAUUAUGUAACAACUUUGGCUGUGAUGUCUAUCAGUAAUAGCCUCAAUUGAUAUUAUACUUUGGGAUAGGGUUUUCAAAGUAUCUGGAUAUUCUUGAGUGUUCUAUACCUUAUAAGAGCUGCUUUUAACAAAGGUUUGAGGGUGUUGGGAAUUUAUAAGGAGGAAGUCUUGUGGUACUGUGCUUUGUCAUUGAUUUGGAAUCUUUGGCAGGAGGGAAACUUAGAAUUUUUUAGGUUGGAAGCUCUUAUUUUUUUGUCCUGCUUUAGGAUAAGCUCGUAGAACCAGCUUAAAAUUGGUGCUGUCACUCUCUAGAGAUUUUCUUCAGCAGGUUUGCAGUGAAAUUGGAGAGUUUUGAUGUCUUUCUUCUGUUGUUUUUGGUUGGUUCUUUUCUGCUUUUGUUUCUUGGUGAAGUCUCGUUUCUCCUUUAUUUUACUCCUUCCCCUGUUCUCUGAUACUAUAGGGUACUUUUCUAUCAAUAUACAUAUUUGCUUCUAUAAAGUCUAAGAUGGUCAGAAGCACAACAAUGUUUUUGUGCUGGCGUAUUUCAUUUUAUUGAGGCCCCUGAAGUUACUGCCUUUGAGAUGCAAUGCCUGAUGAGAGAUGUUGAGCUGUUUCUGAUUGGCAAUGUUCUGCAUUUCAUGAGGGCCCGUAACCUCAUAGCCUAAUGGCUGGGGCGACAUUUUUGUAUCUUCCUUUUCUUCCGCAUAUAAACACCCCUGCUCUCCAAUCCCAUAAUAAGCCCAAAUUGGAAGUAUAUGAUGGCCAUUUCCUUCUCAAGCUUCAUUGUUGUCAGCUGGUUAUAUACUUGUUAUUGUGCCAGGUACUGGAAGAAAUAAGGCCAUACCUUGUUGGGGCAGCAGGAGGAUCUCUUGAACUAGUGGCAAUUGAGGAACCAAUAGUUAAAGUCCGAUUAACAGGGCCAGCAGCUGGGGUCAUGACUGUACGAGUGGCUGUCACCCAGAAAUUACGCGAGAAAAUUCCAGCCAUUGCUGCAGUUCAGCUCCUAUGAUACACUUUCAGAUUUCUAUUCCAGAGCAUGAGAUUAUCAAAUAAAAGGAGUCAUUGAACUCUUAAUACCUGGAUAAAUACCACAUUAGAUUGUGUACAGUGUAGAAGGAUGCAGUCGUUGGACACUGGUAUUUUGAAAAUCCAAUUUGAGGAAAUUGAAAUUGCAAAUCAUUUUGUAUUCACACAACCA